CCCAGUGCUGACGUAAUCGCUCCAGCCCGUUUUCCCCCUUCAUGGUAAGAUGGCGGAGGCUGCGGCGGUUCCUCCGCAUCGCUUCUUCUGUCACUGUUGUAAAGGCGAAGUGAGCCCCAAACUCCCGGAGUAUAUCUGCCCAAGAUGUGACUCAGGGUUCAUCGAGGAGGUGACGGAGGACUCCAGUCUUCUGGACAGUAGUUCCAAUGGCCUUGAUGACACAGCUUCACAGUUUGCAGAGCUUUGGCAGCUUUUGUUUGUGGAGCGGCCGUUCACAGUGGACCUGGACAGCCCUGAUUCAGAGCCGCGGGUGCCCGGAGGCGGUGGGGGUUUGGGUCUGGGCGGGGGGCCGUUUGGCGGGUCUGUCCCUGGUGGACUCGGCGGGGGCCUCGGGGGUCCGUUAGGAGGAGGAGGAGAGCACUGGGGGCCCGGCCGUCCCCCACGCUUACACACUCAGAGGAGAUACAGGUCCAGAGGAAGCAGCCGACCGGAUCGAUCUCCAGCUGUAGAGGGAAUAGUACAACAGUUUCUCGCUGGACUUUUUGCCAAUUCAGGAGUUCCAGGUUCACCUCCACUGUCAUGGACGGGGAUGCUGCACUCGAACCCUGGUGACUACGCCUGGGGACAGGGGGGUUUGGAUGCCGUCAUUACACAGUUACUGGGUCAGUUUGAGAACACAGGUCCUCCUCCUGCAGACAAAGAGAAGAUCUCCUCCCUCCCUACAGUCAUCGUCUCUCAGGAACAGGCUGACAGCAGUAUGGAGUGUCCGGUGUGUAAAGAGGACUACACGGUCGGAGAGCCGGUCAGGCAGCUGCCCUGUAACCACUUCUUCCACAGCGACUGCAUCGUACCCUGGCUAGAACUGCACGACACGUGUCCCGUGUGCAGGAAGAGUUUGAAUGGAGAGGACAGCAGCAGCAACCAGCCUCCGUCAGAGCCAUCCCUAAACACUGACCCCCGCACACAGGAGAGAUGGUCCUUCUGAGACCCCUACGCUUCGUCUCAUCUCUGCGCUCUCUCUCUCACACACUCUCUGUCUGACUCGCCCGUGAGAGUUUGCCGCUGUUAGGCGAUGUCCAGACGACGCCUUUUUAAACGCGAGGCCUCGUGCUUUUCUUCCAGUGGCGUCCUCAAUGUUGAGCGGUCAGCAGUAGGUGACGUUCGGUGCUCUUGGUGAGCACUCAGCACAGAAGGUGACCGUUUUUCUGCACAAACGUGCAGUUUAAACCCAGGAUAAAGAAGAUUUCAGUCGCAGCGCUUCAGACACAGAGAAGAAGCGCACACAGGUUUGAAAAGGCGUCGUCUGAACACUCGCAACGGCUUUCCGUCUUAAUGCUGUCCUCUCUCUCUCCCUCUCUCUCUCUCCUCUUUCAAGUCUCUUUCUUCCUCUGUUAUCUCGCAAUUUUUUUGCCUUUCUCCCUCUAUUCUUAAUUUUCUUUCUCUCCGUUCUCCUUCGCUCCACUUUUUUGUUACUUUUUCACCUUUUUUGUUCUUUUUCACUUUUAUACUCUCUCUCAACUUUUGUUUUUCUCCCCAUUCUUUCUUUGUCUUCUCUUUCUUUCUCUUUCCAUUCUUUCUCUCUUUUUCUCUCUGUUUUUCCCUCUACCUCUCUCUCUCCUCUCACUCUCUCUUACCACACUCGUACGGUUUACUACGGCUUGUUUACUGUUUUACUGUUCAUCUCUCUCGCGCUCUGUCCAUCGUGGCCUGUCCUUUCUCUGUGUCUACAUUUACACUCUGACAAAUUUUGUUCCAUUUUUUUUUUUUUGGUUUUGCAUUUGGUUUCACCUCCUGCCUUCUCACUUUACUGGUACUGGAGACCCCCCCACCUCGACCCCCCCACCCACACAAACCGCCACCACAAGCCGAGUUGCAGAAUGUACAGUGCACCACUUCCUGUAAAGCCGAAGUCUACAGGCUCCAUAGAUCCAGACCGUGUUCAAUGUGAAACCCGAUCGCCGUGCGGUUACAGUGUCUUCAGUUUAAAAACGUGCUUUAUUCCUCACGCCGCUCUCUAACGUUCUGUUGCUCUUUGUUUGCUCACUCUUUCCAUCUUCAUAGGAAGAGUCCAUCGUUUGAUUCUGAUCUCUAUCUGCAGAGUGUGAUCGAUGACCACGGACAAGAACUUCAACACGUCUCCCUGAUCUUAGAACGGAAAACCAGUCGACUUGAAACAGAAGCAGCUGCUAAGUUCUGUCAGUUGAAGUUACUUUGUAAAGCAUGUAGAUUCUCCACAGGCUGUAAAUUAAGCUGUAAAUAUGUGUUCCAGAGGGAAGACUUUGGUAAUUCACAGGAUCUGCUUUGAUGAUCAUGGAUACAAGAAAAUCUUAGGGAAGGUGAAAGUGACCGGAACUACUUUUGUGUUUCUCCAAUGAUGCGAAGUUGAACAAAACUUGACAAGAACAGUUUUAGUACGAUAUUCUCUCUGUUUAUCAUCCUAACUGCUACAGUGGAUCAGCUGGAGUUUCACAUUUAUGUUAUAUAGACUCUUAUUUUAAACAUUUUCCCACAAUUCAGCUGCCGGUUGAGCUCUAUUAUAAGCGAUUUUUGACUUAAUGGAUUUUCUAUUCCAGAAGUUCAGUGAAACGUAUUGAAAUCCUUGUCUUUAGUAAGUGAUCAUGCUCUGUAGAUGGAGAUCAGGUUGAAAAACGCUGGUGUGCUCCUUUAAAGACCUGUUUGUGGGAUCACGCCGUCUUGUCUGGGUAAUUGUUUCUCCCUUCUGCACCUCUUUCUGGUGUAUAUAUCACAGACCCAUCUACACCCAGUUCUCCACUUUUCACUCUCAUUUGUAUCACUUUUUUUGUAAAUAAUUUUAGUUCCAAAACUCAUUCAAAGAAAAGCAAAAGCAUACGGAAAUGACAAAAUGACGAAUCCCUAAAUAUUAAAAUAUAUAUUAUAUAUAUGAUGUGUACGAUGACGAUGAUGUAUUAAUAAUAAAACUGAAUAAAAAUCAAUUCCAUGUUGAUCUUGCUAAUACAGGCUUACAUGAGUUGGUUACACAUUUGCACAGGAGCCAUGGAGACUUUUCGAUUUCAUAAUUUUUAUUUUCAGAACUUUAUUAUGCACAGCAUAGUUAAUCCAGUGAUAAAUGCUCACUUUUGUCCCAAAUUAGUGCAUUUUUACAGACGAGAUUGAUGUUUAACACAUUCAUUUAUUUAUUUUUUUAUUGGCAUGAAACAUUUUGGCACACAGUCACAAUGCUUAUCUAGUGCUUAUCAGAGGGGGAAAAAAAGGGCAUUAACACAGGGAGAUUCACUCGAAAGAGGCCCGAAUAUUCUGCUGUAACUCUUGUUGGGAUGAAGCAAUCUGAACCAAAAAAUCCGCUACAUAACUUGACAUGUGUGAUUGAUUGCAUUACAUGUGAUGCUGGAAGUGAUCCCUGUUUUCUGCCAGACACAUGAAGGGGUACGGGGGUCUGCACCUGGAAGUUGCAAACGGAGGUUAAACGUCACGACGGCUGUCUGUUUGGUUCAGAUUGAUUCAUCCUAGAAAGAGUUAUUACAGAAUAUUCGGGGCCUCUUUCGAAUGAAUCUCCCUGUACAUUUUAAGUUCAUCUAAUCAGAUUCUUGAAAUGAAACUCGCAUUUCGCUGCUGUUGGGACAAAACCUCGUAUUUUCAUUUUUUGACUAUUUGAAAAAGGCAGCUGCCCUUUAGCUGUGUCCCAAUUCAGGGGCUACAUUUGAAGGCCGAUUGCGUCACAGUGGCGUGACUAGAUGUCCCAUUUUGAAGGCUCCUUCAUAUGCGGCCGAGAAAUGUGUCCUUUUUCUUGGUAACGAAGGAUCCAACAGGUGCAUCCUUCGCCAGCCAACAGAUCCCGAGGUUCACUGCGUACCGGCGAGGAUUCGAGAACAUGGUGGCAUCAGCAGAGGAGCGAACGGCGGCUGAGGGGACACUUUAAAUGGAAGUAUUGGGUUUAAACUGAGUCGAACAGCCAGCAAUACAGAUGUUAAAGAAAAAGCCAAUCCCAUCAGGCGCCGGCGGUGAAGCAUCUCCAGCUUUGAUAAAUGGAAAAAAAUAAAGAUGAAAAUCAAAAGUUUCUGGCUCCGUCUUCAAAGAACUUUAAAAGAACUGUGACGCAAACAGGAAAUCCGCCAGAGGGCAGACCGUCUCAUUUCGGUUCAGCCUUUGCGGGUCUGUGCAGCCUGUGAAGGACACGCCUUCGUAGACCGCGUCCUUCGAAGGAUGCAGCCCCUGAAUUGGAACACACUGUUUAUGCUGUGUCAAAAUUUCAUGAAGGAACCAACAGAAAUGGUCCAGAAUUCCUUGGGAAAAAAAUAUUUCUCCAUUAAUUUCCAUUAAAAGUUUUUCCUCAUCCUGUAAAGUUACGAGGUUUUGUUCCGACAGCAGCGAUAUGUAUAAAAACAGGUCAGAGUUUAACGCCAAGAACAGCAGCGAAGCUCAAAGCCAGGCUGAAAUGUUCUCCCUCCACUCGUCACAUACACGCUGCUCGAGAUCAUCAUAACAGCAGGUCAGUCGUCCUGCAGUUCUGAUGAGUCACUUUUCAUGGUUAUUGACAGAUUUGCACUUGGAAUCUCCUCAGUCAGUGUUAAUAACAAACUUCAAGUUUCUACAACGUGAUUGAGCAGCUAGACUGUUGGAGGCUGGAUGGGAGGUCACGUCAUCGCUGUCAUAUCAAAACCGACACCGCUUCAAACGUGGCAGCUGCUCUUCACGCUGUGGGAACGUCUCGUGAUGAACGGACCCGUAAACGGGUCAGCUAACAAAUCCUCAGUAAACACUUAAAUAUGACAUUUUUCUGCUAUGUUUAGUGCACAAUUACUAUUAAUUUGCUAAAAUUAAACAGAUGUGCUGUGAUUUUUGAACAGCUUUUUUAAAAAUGAUGCAGGUAAAGGACAAAAAGUCUUGAAAUUUAAAAGCGAACAAAUUCAACACAAUUUAACCACCACCAAAAUCUUAGAAUUGAGACACUGAAUAUCACUGAAUAUCACUCUCUGUAUUAUGUUGUUUUCAGUUUUAUUUCAGUGCUCAGAAAUGUACACUGUAAAAUUCAGAUUUCCAAAGAUCAAGCGUUCAUAUUCAGAUAAUUUUUUUCAGUGUUAACAAAUUCAGAUUUAAUAAUUCAGUACUCAGAAAUUCAGACCACUUUUCAGGCUGCUAAUUUCAGAAUUUUAAACUAAAUUUCUGAGCACUGGACAGAAUUACUUUCAAGACGGUUCAACAUUCAUCAAAUGGAGGAAGUGAUUUUCCAGAAUAUUACAUUACAGUUCUGUUAUUUCAGUGGGUUUAAAUGUUCAUUUGAAUUCAACAGCAAUUCAAACUCAAAUUUUGUAAACAAAUAUAAAGUGUUUGCAUACAUUCAAAAACAAAGCAACAAAAUAGUUUUUUUCCAUGAUGCUGUCCCUUUAAAGCUCCACACUAUAUACUUCAUUUUCAUUAGAAUCAACUGCAAAGUGUGUUAAAAAAAAACAUCUUCAAAUUCAAACUACUGACCGGUCCAGAGUGCGAGACGCUGUGGUGUAAAUGAAUCAGUACGUUGAUCUCAAGGCUGUGAUGGAAUGUUAGAUUAUGUUUGGAUACAAAAUUCUCAAGCCUACAUUCAAGCAUGUAUAUGUAAUAAAACUGUUUAUUACAUAUAUAAAUUCUGUUUAUUACAUAUAUAAACUCUGUCUAUUACAUGUUUAUGUCUGUCUGUAUUCCACUGUGUAAGCAGCUCCUCCAGUAAUGUUCGUGUAUUCAGUGUGCUUUUAAUAGUGAUUCUGAUGCACUAAAGUAACUCAGUCGUGGUGAAAUUUUUGGGACGCAUCAAUUCAUAAAGAUCUGUAAUGGAAUCAAAUCGCUGUGAGGUCAGAAGUUUGUGUGCUCGUGUGCGGAAAGACCAAAUAAGCAGCUCAAACUCACGAGUAACCGUACCUCGGUUGCAUUUGGGGCACCUGGCUCGUUAGUAGAGUUCUGGUACCCGAGCCGAAGCACCGAAAGACUAUCGAGUUUUAUAUAUAUAUAUAUAUGUUAUAGUGACUGAAAAAUAUGUCUCCCCAUUUUUAAUGCUUUUUAUUUUUCUGCGUCAUUUGAAGACAUCAGUUCUCCUUUACAUUAUUUGAAAACUUAAUGAUGAUUGGACCGAUAGAAAUGCCCCAAAAUCAAUUACAGUAAGAUCUCUUUACAUUAAUUUACAUUAAAAGUUAAGGGGGUUUUUGCCCUCUCCUGUAAAAAUACAGAUAACUGUUUUUCAUUGGACAGCAACGCUACAUAAAAGGGUCGUAGAUUAUGCUCUGUUUUUUGUCACAUGAGCUUUUUGAAAAUUUGCCAAAAAUACCUAAUUGUGCUUUUUUCUCUCUAUAUUGUAACUGUUUUUUAAAGUGCAAUUAUUGUCUAUAAAUUGAGGUUCAGGCCUGUUUUUGGUCAGGAAGACCAGCAUACUGGAACUGGACAUAGUGGUGGGCGAUGUGGCAAAAAUUUCUAUCAUGAUUCUUCGCGAUACACGAUAUGUAUUUAUUUUUUCUGACAUUUGACAAAAAAGAACCCGUAAUUAAACAUUAAAAAUACUCUCAAAAACUAUGAAUACAGUGAUAAUUAUUCAGUAUUUCACAAAAAGGACAAAUUAUGCUGUUUAACCAGACUAAACAUGUAUUUGGUCAGUGUUGUGCAAGAACUGCCAAUAUCUACGACAUUAUUGUGCAUCACGAUAAAUAUCGCGGUAUUGCCCAGCCCUACUUCGACGCAGAACGUAGUGCACCAGACUGCCAGUCAUGGGUGUUUGGGUCUGACUGGUCUGACUGUUAUUAGGUUAAAUUUACGCACUUUUUAAGACAACCUUGAUUAUACAGGUAAGCAGUAUGACUAUAAUUAUCGUUAUCAUGAUCAAAUGCAUUACAAUGUGUCGCAAUAUGCUUUUGUGAGUAUACUGUGGAUAUCGUCAAUCCUUACAACACUUCCCGACUGCACGUUUGACUACAAAAAAGCAUAACUAGUCCUGGAUUUAAUGCAGCUUAGUAUGUGAAAUGUUGAACCUGUCAAUAUUGUCGUCCUACUUUGUCUGGUCCAACUUAUGACAGAAAAAAAGAAAUAUGUAUCAUGAAAACUUCUUGAAGCAUCGCGAUAUUGCAUUUUCGCCAUAUCGGCCACCUCUAGGUAAAACCUCUAAUUCAAACUGAGGGGUACGAUUUGAAAAUUCCUUCUAAUUUUGAUGCAAAACCAUUCAUCAUGCAGCCCUACCCUGAACGAGAGCCUGGACAAGGUGUUGGGUGAGGAACUCUAGCAUAGUGGAGCUAACAGCUGCUCAGAGGAGGGUGGAACGUGUUCUCUGCCAAAAUAUGCUGAUAAUGUCUCUCGUGUCCAAAAUGGAAACUUUUUCAGGAAAAAGGAAAAAACAUUGAGCCUCGUUUUCCAACAUCUUCCUCAGUUUGUUCUUAAAUGUGUUGUUGAUAAAGGUCCUAAGAAAAAGUCUACGUCAGAUUCACGACGUGUUCUUAAAGCGCAGCACUGUUCUCACCUUUGUGCUCUUGAGUGUGUAGAUUCUGUUCUUACCUAAGAACAAAUCCCACAUAAGAAAGACGAUGUCAGAAUUUUCGUAAAAACUGCGUAAAUGGGUUUUAAGAAGAAAUUUGUUAAGAACGGUUGGUGAAUGAGUCCCAUUCUUCACUUAUAAUGGAAGUUAAUGUAAGAAGGGUUUUGGAGCGUUACUAUUGGUCCAUUUAUCAUUAAAUGUUCACAUGACGUAGUCGGCAGCUGGGGCUGACAAAUUAUGUGG